AUGGCCGACAAGAUGGCCGAGCAGACAAAAGAAGUACACUCUGUAUGUUCGUGUGGCCAUGGCAGCGGUAUUACGAAUAAGCCAGCAACAUCAGCACAAGACGAGAGAAUCCUCUGCAUGAUCGAAUCACUAACUAGAGAGAUCGCCGCGCUAAAAACGGAUAGAUCGAGGAACAACUACCGUCAUCUGCGCAAAAAUCACCAACGACGGCCGCGCUCACGUUCAAACUCAGUAAAUCGUACGCCGUCGGUAUGCUAUUUCCAUCGAAAGUUCGGAAAUGAAGCCUACAGAUGUCGAAGUCCGUGUACUUUCGAGAAGAAAACGAAUCAGACACGGGAAAACUAG